UUAAACGUUAGCGCCCUGCACGUCCGGCAAUGGACCCGCCCGGAGCCGCGAGCCAGAGCUGCGCAGGGCUCGCCCCCCAGCGCGCCCCUCCCCGCACGCCGGCCCUGCUCUGGCCCUGCCCCGCCCUGCACCUCAGCUUCUUGGGCUGCUCUGGAUCGAGGUACCCGGGAGGAAAGAAGAGCCGAACCCCCAGGACUGGGCUUCCCGGGGUGGACGGCGUGGGAUAUUUACUUCUUGAAACAGGCCCUCUCUCAGCUCCUUUGCCUGCUGCCGUGGCCUUGGGGGCACCCACCCAUGGUGGUCAGCCCAGGGCUUCCCCUGCCCAUGCAGUCCCUCACGACCACUGCCGAGGGCCUCAGUGGCUCUGUCUUUGGGACUUUUACCUUCCCUACCUUUAAGUUCCAGUCUCACUGUGAAAGCAUAGACUGGAGGCGCAUUAGCGCCCUGGAUGUGGACCGUGUGGCACGGGAGGUGGACGUGGCCAUCCUGCAGGAGCUCCUCAAUGGUGUCACUUUCUGCAACUUGGACCGGGAGGUGUGCAUCCGCUGUGGGCAGCCUGUGGACCCUGCACUGCUCAAGGUUCUGCGCUUGACACAGCUCAUCAUCGAGUACCUGCUGCACUGCCAGGACUGCCUGAGUGCCAGUGUGAUCCACCUGGAGGCACGGUUGCAGGCCAGCCUGGAGCAGCAGGAUCGUGGCCAGCAGGAGCUGGCCCGCCAGGCUGAUGAGCUCAAGGGAGUGCGGCAGGAGAGCCACCAGCGUCGCAAGUUGAUUGGCACCUUGCAGCAACUGCUGCUGCAGACAGGCGCCUACAGCUACCACCCGUGCCACCUGUGUGACAAGACAUUCACGAAUGCCGCCUAUCUCCAGGGCCACAUCCAGCGCAGGCAUGCGGGCACGGCAGAAGGCGAUACGGCAGAAAAACAGAAAAAUGAGGAAAAACAGCCAGUGGAGAAGGAGUUAGAAGAGCUGCGGGCCAAGCUGAAGUGGACCCAAGGGGAGCUGGAGGCCCGGAGGGACGCUGAGAGGCAGCGGCAGCUCCAGGAAGCAGAGAGCACUCGUCAGAGAGAAAUACAAGCUGAGAAGCUGUUUGAUGAAUGGAAAGAAAAAGAGCUGGUCAAUCUAUAUGGGGAAACAGACAAACAAAAAAAAUUCCUGUGGGAUGAACUUAAAAGUGUUGCCAACGAAACUUACAUGUUAGAAGAGAAACUGCAGGUGCUGCAGUCCCACAGUGUGAGAGAGUCCAACCUCGGGUCACUGCAGGAUGAGGAAUCUGAGGAGCAACUCAGGCAGCCUCAGGCGCUCCAGGCCCUGAAGGAGAAAAUGGAAGUACAGGAAGCAGAAUGGAAGAAAAAAAUGAAGGACCUGCAGAGGAAGCACACAGCUCAGAACAGAGAGAUCCAGACCCUGUCUCUCAGGAAGGUGGAGGGGAUCCACGAGGGCCCGAAGGCUGUGGCCACUGAAGAGGACUCUUCUGACCAAGAGCUGGAGGACUCCCGAGAUGGGCUGCAGAAUGUGCUGGCAGCUGUGAGGCAGAACCCCACCUUGCUGAAGCAGUUCAGGCCAGUCCUGGAGGACGCCCUGGAAGAGAAACUGGAAAGCCUGGGGAUAAAGAGAGGUACAAAGGGAAUCCCUACUCAGGUUCUCAGACAACUGGAGCCCAUCCUGAGAGCCCAGCGGGAGAAGGCUAGGUGGUUUCCUAAAUUCCGGAGUCUGAGAGAAAAACUCAUCAAGGAAGUCACCAGCAGGAUGAAAGAGAGAGUGAGGAAUGGGGCCCUGGCAUCCCAGCCAGGUGGCAAGACUCCAGUCAAAAGCCAGCGGAACCGAAUGGUUACCAAAGAAUCCCAGCCACAGACCAGGACCCUGCAUGUGGCAGCGCCAUCCAAGCUGGCAGAGCCACCGACAAUGGCUGUUCAGGGUUGGAGCAGCUGUGGCCCUGGCCCGGCCCCUGUGCCCAUCCCUACUCCAUGCCCCCGAGCUCAUGGACCCUCCGGUACCUCUGCUUCCCCAGGGCCUGGGCUGAGUACGCCCCCGUUCAGUUCUGAAGAGGACGCGGAGGGAGAUUCCGGGCGGCGGGCGUCUCUUCCACCCCCA